UUUUUUUUUGCGGCAAUUUGGCAAAAAGUAUAAACAUUUUGCGAUAUGAAAUUAGUAUAAAAGACUCGAUGAAAUUCGAGGGGAUACAGUGAUAUUUACACUGAAGCAACGAAAAUGUCUUCAGUACUUCCAGUUCUGGUUGUGGUGCUUCUAUUCUCCUUGACAUCCUUCGAGGAGACAUCUGGAGCACCUAAUCCAGAAACCGCCGUAAAGCAUUUUGAAUGCAUUCCGUUCUUGAUUGAGUGUAGUCACUACAAUCGAUACUGUAAAUGGGGAAGCUGCCUUCCUAAGCAAACAGUCGGUGGAAAUUGCGACUUUAAGACACCUUGUCGCGUUGGCUUAGCUUGCGUCAAUCAACGUUGCAAGAGAAUCCGCAAGAAGAAGAAGAAGAAGACGACCACUACUACAACGACUACAACUUCUACUACUACGCCAACAACAACAACUGAAACAACUACUACGCCUACAACAACUACGACGACAACAACAACGACCACAACAACAACUACUACCACAACAGUGGCACCAGCAUUGGCAAUUAGAGGCUAAUGGGCAAUUGGUAGAUCUUCUAUCCUCACAAAUGAUUACCAGCAUUCCUUCGAUCACAUUGACAUAUUGUCUUCCAACAUUGCACAAAGAAACAGUCAAAUACGCUUUCAAAAUAAUGAAUAUAAUUUUCUAUGGAAGUAUUGUAAGAUAUAAUUAAGAAAAAUAAAUAUUAUAAUUGCAAUGCA